AUGGCAGGGAAGCCCAAGCUUCACUACUUUAAUGGACGUGGCAGAAUGGAGUCCAUCCGGUGGCUCCUGGCUUCAGCCGGAGUAGAGUUUGAAGAGAAAUUUAUAGAAACUCCAGAAGACUUGGAUAAGUUAAAGAAUGAUGGAAAUUUGAUGUUCCAGCAAGUGCCAAUGGUUGAAAUUGAUGGAAUGAAGAUGGUCCAGACCAGAGCCAUUCUCAACUACGUUGCCACCAAAUACAACCUCUAUGGAAAAGACAUAAAGGAGAGAGCUCUGAUAGAUAUGUACACAGAAGGUAUGGCAGAUUUGAAUGAAAUGAUCCUCGUUUUGCCUCUGUGUCCACCUGAUCAGAAAGAGGCCAAGAUUGCCCAGAUCAAAGAGAAAGUAACAGAUCGUUAUCUCCCCGUGUUUGAAAAAGCACUAAGAGACCACGGGCAAGAUUUUCUUGUGGGCAACCAGCUGAGCUGGGCUGAUAUACAGCUCCUUGAAGUCAUCUUAAUGGCUGAAGAGUGCAAACCCAGUGUCCUCACAGGAUUCCCUCUGCUACAGGAGUUCAAGGCCAGAAUCAGCUGCAUUCCCACAAUUCACAAAUUUCUCCAGCUUGGAAGCCAAAGGAAGCCUCCACUAGAUGAAGGCUCCAUUGAGACCGUGAAGAACAUAUUCAAAUUUGAACGUGGAUAA